AUGCCAACAGUCUUACUGCCAUCGUCCGCCGCAGCCUUCGCACCACGAUCUUCUCCGAAUGUCGUGUUGACGACCAAGGUUGCACCAUGGUUGACUGCAACCUUGAAGCGGGUCAACCGGGUCAAACGUCCUUUGAACAACGUCACGCAACAUACCCGGUGCCUAACAGAGACACUUUCUUCGCCAAACGCCAUCUGGACGUUGUGCUCCAUGAUGUUCACCAAAGCCCCAGAGGCGGAGUUAGAGAAGGACACGAACUUGCUUUGGGAGUCCAUACACCACUACCAGACCGUCCACAUCGAGGCUUAUGUGGUCCACGUCGACAUGGUCUCUCGGAAUGAAGUCGCCUUCAAACUAACCCCGGAGACAAUUGAAUCCCUUGUCGACUUUCACAAGGAAAUCUACUCCGUAGAUGCUGUCGCCAACACCUACAACUGGUCUGGAAAGCACGCUCAGUUGAAGAAGCUCCAGGAUGAGUUCGUUCAAGCCGCCAACAAGUUUGUCUACCGCACGGAUGCCGACGCUCUCGAAGGAUUGGAAGACGACGGUGCAGGAGAACUACUAUGUGGCCGCAGCGAAGAUGUGAAGAACGCCAUCGGCAACCUCUUCGUCCCACUGAUCCCUCCGCCGCCCCCAAUGGUGGAAAUCAUGCGGCCCGUCCCCCUUCUCCCCAGCUCGACGGGGCCAGAACCCUGGUGGAACGUGCCCGCGCCUGAGUCGUGGAAAGUACUGCCGCCCAGCCCCAACUCGACAACGGGUGAUUCUAAUGCGAAUCUCUGGGCUAGUUGCAAUUUCAGUGAUGCGCAGCAGCUGUCUCCGUCCCCAUCUUACAGCCAGCCUUUCACCACCUCGUACGGUUACGAUGGUAUGUCGACUUGCAUGCCCACGUGCAUGCCUGCCACGUCCGCGAUCAGCGCCCUUCAACUGCCAAGUACCCUUAUCCAACCUUGCAGCACCGCUGUGAACAUGAUGGGCUUUGGUUGGGGAGAUUUCGGUGCGUUGCCCUACGGCACCAUCGCUUAG